GGAAAGUAUUUUUAGAAAAGAAAGCGACAUUGACUUUAUUUUCUGAAAAUCACAUUUAUUUCAGAGGACACGUGUGUGCUAUUCACGACAUGAUGCAGAGAAUCAGUUUAUUUGUUGUGGUAGCCUGUGCUGUCAUGGGAACAGUUGCAGGCCAGAAUUGUACGCCUGAGACUACUUUCACUGAGCCAUUCAAUGCCUGGCAGAUAGACAAGUUUCCAGCGCUUGGGGCGAACUGUACCUGGCGACUGAAUGUGACCAACACCACCCAAAAUACGCUGCAGUUUUCUGGGCUGAAUCUCAAUCCAACUCUUGUGCACCUUUUGGUUACCACGGAGAACGAUACUGUGAUUGCCAACCUCACAGACAGCAAUGGUAUUGAAGUUGUAAUCUCACUGUCCAAUUUCACGAAAGUUGUACUACAGAGGACUGCCAUCGCUGGUACUGUUACGGGAAACAUCAGUGCAAAUUACGAUACUUCAGCAUGCAGCUUCACAAUGACUGGUUCCCGAGGUCUGAUCAAAUCACCUCUCUACGGAAACCAGCUGAAUAGAACAUUCACCUGUAGCGUUGCAGUGACCAAGCCCCAGGAUACUGACCUGUUUGUGCUGACCUUCACUGGCUUCAGUGUUUCCAAUGGGAGUCUGUUGGUUACCCUUGGCAGUGAUACCCCUCGGACUUUAAGUGGGGCGACCCUUCCAGAUGACAUCCUUGGAACUUCCACCCAGGACAGUUUCAACUUGAGCCUUAACAUCAACACAAACGUCAUUGGCCAGAACUUCACACUGCUGUACCAGACAGCCGACAGUGAUUGCAGUGGUGCAAAGACUGCCGCCACAGCAGCUGCCAUACAGGUCCUUCCUGCAGCCACCCAGUUCCCCAUUCAGUGUUACAUACAGUUGAGGGCCUCAACUGGGAAUCAGGUGUUCACUGAGCUGCAGUUAAGCGGUGGAGAGGCCCUGCUGGGUGCAUUGGACAGCCUGAUUGUCUAUGAUGGGUUGUCAAGGAGGAGCCCUAUGCUGGGCACACUGAAUUCAGCUUUUAAACAGUUUGUGAGUACCUCUGUUGGCAUGACGAUAGUGGGAGAACUUGGAAUGCAGGCACGCUUGGCCAAUAUCUCCUAUAGGGCAGACCCGGUUAGUAAGGUGGUUACCGUGACAAAGGGAGUGGUCCAGAAUGUGUCCCUAACUGCUAAUAUGACGGCCACCCAGGCUGCCCUGCUUCAGUUCAAUGGGGAUGGAGCGAUGCUUCGUAUCACUGUCACAGGAACUCUAGCAAACUCGGCAUCUGUGGUUACCAUUAAAAAUAGUCAGGAAAGAUUGGUGUUCUCGUUCAGGUCAGGCAUGGCCCUGUUCCCAGUGACUGUGUCGGACAAGACAGCCAGAGUGUCUGCAAUGCUGAAUGGGACGGACACAGUGAAUAUCGAGGUUGCUGCUGUCGAUGCUGAUUGUAACAUGGUGUACACUGACAUUACUGGCCAGGUCACAGUGACUACAGCAGUAGACACCAGGACAAGCUGCUCGAUUGCCUUUGUGCCAGACCAGUCAUUGAUGACUCAGCUGUCCCUGAGGGUGAAUCUAUGUGCGACCGGUAACCUCACAGUGUAUGAUGGGUUUGAAACUGGCGCCAAGACCCUGGCUACCAUCACAGAGAACACGGCUGUUACCCAGAUCUGGGGUCCUACCGGGCUGAGACUGGUGUACUCUCAGCCAGCUAAUUGCACAAACCAGAUUGUGUCAGCCAGCUACCAAAGCCUUGCAGCAAACUCAGCCUGUGGCAACCUCAGCCAAACAGGACAACUGACAACUCCCAAUAACCCAAACCAGUACCCUCUAAACGCCAACUGCAACUGGGCUCUGCCUGCGAGGAACACUUCUUGGAUGUAUAUAACGGUGAACGCUCCAGUUCAGCUCCAGAAUACCCAUAGUGUUACACUGCUACAGAACCUGACGAAGUCACUGGCAAUGUUCAAUGCCUCUACAACCAAUCCCAUUCCUGAUAUUGUGGUGCAGAACGUGAAUCUCUCGGUGGCUUUCAACUCGGCUCCCGCUGGUUCAGGUCUCGACAUGUCAGGAUCUGGCGCAAAUAUCACUGUCCGUGUCAUUGACUGUGGUGCUACUCUUAAUAUGAAUGCAACUGGCAUCUUUGGCAACAGUGGCGCGAACCAGACUAUGGAGUGCAUCUGGGUCAUCCAGGUGGCUGCUGGCAACAGUACCAAUCCUAACAUCAUCAGUGCAAACCUCUCAAUGACUAGCAACCCUACUGCUGACAACACGUUGACAGUAAAAGACGGGUCAUCUGGACGCAACGAUGAUUACCUCCCCAAACUUAACCGAACCAUUCUGUCGAGGACCAACUACUUGUGGGUUAGGUACUCCUACACGGCCAAGCUCAACACCAAGCCACUCAACUUCACUCUCUCGUACUCAACGUACGUAUGCCUAAAUGUGUGCAAAAAUUCACUCUGCAUGCACCCAGACUGGCAGUGCAAUGGGAAAAAUGACUGUGGAGACUGGAGUGAUGAGCUCAACUGUACUAUAAUCCCUACACCUCCGCCUACCCCACCACCCGCCCCACACACUGAUGACACCAAGAAAUCCUCUGCCGGAUGGUACGUCUUCUGUAUCCUGGUCGGCCUACUGCUGGGAGUCAUGUUGACUGUGCUUGUGCCCCGCUGCGUCCGUCACGUCCGGGGUCGCCCGAGCAGUAGCAGCAGGAGCGGGUACUCCAACAUGGCCGAGGACGCCUAGUUACUGUGGAAACCUGCAUCUUGUAUGAAGAUCUGUUGCUAUGGAAAUUAUAUAGACAAAAUAACAAAAAAAAUAGUUUUGGAUCUGAUUAUGAGAAUAUUCUUCCUUGUUUCUUUUUGGAAUGUAAGCUUAUUUUGUUAUGGUUGAAACUUGCAUAUCGUCUGAAGAUCUUUUACUAUGGUAAUAAUAAGGUUUUUAUUUUUAAGAAACUCAUUUUUGGAUCUGAUAAUGAGGAUAUUUUUUCUUUUUCAUUUUUGUAACAUAAGCUUAUGGUUUUAAAAGCUAAACAUGUUUCUUUACUGCCUAGUUAUGGUGGAAACCUGCAUCUUGUCUGUAGAGCUUUUGCUAUAAAAAUAAUAAGGACAACAUUUAAAAAAAACAGUUUUUGAUCUGAUAAUAAGGAUAUUCUUCUAUGUUUAUUUUUGGAACGCAAGCUUUUUCUGUUAAAAGCUUAACAUUUUUCUUUAUUGCAAUGUGAAAUACUGCUACUUAAUUAUGUUUUGUUUCUGUUGCUGAGAACUUAAGAAUCUUGUAGUGUUAGAUCUGUUGAUUGUAUUCUUGUGUUAUUUUCAUUUUUUGGGAGAAAUAUCUUUUUUGUUUUUCAAUAUCCAAACAAGGAGUUUUUACUGAAAUUGUUAGUUAUGAUUAAUGAUUUUUAGUUAGGUGUGUAGAUUGAAUUCUAUUCCAAGAAUAGAAAUUGCUGCCUUUUGAAUGUAACAAAAAGGUAGGAUAUUUUAGAGUGUGAAUUGUGUUAUUAACUGGUUGAAGUUAAAAUUGUGGGGACAGUUUUGUGUAUGCAAAUUAUGUUUAUUCUUUUACUGAUAGUUGUUAUAAGACAUUCUUAUAGUUAUUAUUUUAAUUUCAUGUUGUUGUUUUCAAUCAUGAUAGUGGUAGAAUAAUGGUUAUUUUUUUAUCGAUCUUAACCAUAAAAUAAAUUAAUAACAUUUGGUUUAAAACCUAUAGCCAUUAUGUUAUCAAGGUAAUAUUAAAGGGGCCUUUUCACAGAUUUUGGCAUUUUUUAACUUAUUCAUUGAAUGCUUUAUAUCGAUAAAUGUAAACAUUGGAUCGUAAAAGCUCCAGUAAAAAAUCAAGAAUAAAAUUAAGAAAAGGAAAAGAUCAUUGCCUGAACCAGGUUUCGAACCAGUGACCCCUGGAGUCCUGCAAGAGUCCUGAAGUAAAAACGCUCUAGCCUACUGAGCUAUUCCGCCGAGUAUACAUACUGGACGUAUUUUAUACCUUAUAUAAGCAAUCUUCGUAGUUUCACAAAAUUUAACGACAAAAACAGAACUUUCCAAAUUAUUCAAUCGUUUCGCGUUGCAACGCUUUAUAAUUUUUAGGUUUUAAAAUCGUCAAAAGAUGCAUAUAAUGGCUAUAUUAGACCAUGGUAAAUGUUCAGUAUUACUGUUUCCUCACAAAUAUCAUAACUAAAACGAAAAUUUGCGAAUCUGAAACAACUUUUUUCAAUUUUGUCAAUUUACCAAAGCGUGAAAAGAUCCCUUUAAGAACUGAAAUAAGAAACCCUUAUGUCCAUUAGAGACUAGGAGACUGAAAAUAAAUUCUGACUUUUAAGUUGGUUUUCAUUUCUAAACAAACAUUUCAAUAUUGUAUUUUUGCUUGUGUGUUUAAAACGUUUUUGUUGCUUGAUUGUUGCUUUCUCUACUGAGUGUAUCUUUGUUUUUAAUGAUAUGGUCUUUCAUAGCUCUUUGUCGUCUUUUUUUUUUCAUGAAAAACUUUAAAGUAAAAGAUUUUUCAUUCAAAAUAAUGUGAGCAAUAAUUUCUAUGAUUUUCUGAUUUUGAGCUUAUGUUAAUUAAGAAGGUACCAUUUCUUGAUUACAAUAGUGUGUGUGUAUGUUUCAAGAUGUUUAAUUUUUUAUAACAGCUUAUACUGAUGACGUUUGGAACACAUUUUGACACUUCAUGCGUGAUUUCUUAGUAUGGUUGUACUUUUUUUAAAAGAGAUUGUAUUUUUAUACAUGAAUAAGAAUAUAUAAUACUAAAAUUGUUGAUUUUGUGUAAAUGCAUACAUUCCUAAUAAACUAGUUCACAUUUUUUUGUGUAUAUAAAGGUUGUUUUCCCAUACUUAUGCUAAAAAUAAUCUUAAAAAUUGUAAAAAAUAAUAGAAAGAAAGCAACAACCAGCAAUUGAUGCAAAUAAUGACCAAUUUCCUAAUUGUGUUAAUACACUGUUCAGUUUGUUUGCAAUUUGAUAAUAUGUGUGAUUGUUAUUGUACCCCAGUUCAUUUUAUACUCGGAUGUGUUUGAUACCAUUAUUUUGAUAAAUAGAGCAUUGGUGCAAUUUCUUAGCAGAAGCAUGAAUAUAUUUUACUAGAACAAACUGAACAAAGAAAGCUUUCUGAGAAAUUUGAACUUUUUGGCUUUUUACCAAACACAUGGGUGAUAUUUUCUUUUUCAAGAGCAUUUAAAAGGUAACAACAAACUUCAAUAAGAACAAAAGGUAGGAUUAUAUUCAUAUGUUUUAGUACAAAUAUAUUUUCGUUGCAAUCUGUUAUGCUUUUUAUUUCUUUUUAAUUUCCUAAAUGUUUGUUUUCUGAAGGGUACAAUAUAUUGUUCUAGAUAGUUGAACAUUUUAUGAAAAAUUAAUGUACUAUUUUGUUACACGUAUGUUUAUAUUUAGCACAUUAAUAGGGUCAGGUGUUUUUUUCUGAAUCGUAAAGUUCUGAUUUGAAUCUCACUGCAUCAUUUUUCGGUUUGUAGCCACUAUAAUUGUCUGAAGUUAUUCUUAAUUAGGCUUGUUUAUCACACAAUUAUUGCCCUUGCACUAUACUCACUUAGAGUUGCUAAAAGGAAAAAAAGGUUAAAAGUUCAACCUUUACAAAUUGUCGCAUGCUUAGAUAUGAUUUAGAUAUGGUUUAGAUAUAAAGAGGAAGAAUAAACGUGCUGUCACUGCUAUACAUCUCUAUAAUGGGGUAGGGAAGGCUGUCUAGAAAUGCUCUAUGUAACAUAUAUGAAAAGCUUGUACAUUCUUUUUUGUUUUAUUCAUGGUUGAACAUCAGAAAAUGUUGCCUUUAUAUUUACUUGUGCAUUUGUUGUCCCCUACCGGUUUCACCGGAGGGAACUAAUGGUUUGCACUUUGUGCGUCUGUGAGUUUGUCUGUAAGUCUGUCUGUCUGUCUGUCACACUUUUCUGGAUCCUGCGAUAACUUUAAAAGUUCUUAAUAUUUUUUCAUGAAACUUGAAACAUGAAUAGAUGGCAAUAUGGACAUUAUGCACGUCAUUUCAUUUUGUUCCUACGUCAAAUAUUGUGGUUGCUAUGGCAAUAAAAAAAUAAUAAUUCGGGAAAUGGUGGAAUUUCUGACAAUGGUGGAGCCGGUAGGGGACCAUAUUGCUUGACAAUAGCCUUGUUUAAUUUCAAUUAUUUUGAUGGUUUCUGUUCCUUAUAAAAGUAUGUAAAGUA